UUAUUACCGGUUGUUGACAUCAUGUGAUAAAAUUACGCAGGUGUCUUUGAUUUAAUUAAUACUUGUGUUUUGCCGAAAAUUACGAUGGAAUGUUAUCGGUUUUACAGCACUACUUAUUAUGUCCGAAUGAUAAAACACAUCCUCUGAUUUCAUAGUCAAAGAAUCAGCUGAUGAUUUUAACUUCUGAAAUUCUGCAAGAGAAACUCGGCUUACAGCGUUGUUCGUUAUGUUGUGUUGAAAGAAGGCAUCUUCUUCAUUGUAGAAUGCUGCACAACACUUGACAUGUAUUAUUUGCUUGGACUUUUAUAUAUGUUCAUACUACCAUGGUACCAUACCGCAACAGAACCUGCAGUUAUAUAUUCAGGAAACAGUGUCUGCAAUCAAACAGUCGUCCUAGGAUCAAGUCUGUUUUCAGCUCUAGUAGAUUUCUCACUGGCAUCCAGAUCGCCUGAGACAAACUCAACUUUCUCGUGCAAUUUUAGGGUAGAGACAGUUACAAGUUCGCUGAUUGCCAUCAAAUUUUUAUCGCCUUUGUACAGCCCACAAGUAUUCGACCAUUAUGGAUGCAGAACAAAAAUGAUCAUAACGUCAGAUGAGUUAAACAUUAAACAAUGUAAUUCCAUUCCACAAACUGAAUUAUCAAGCCACGAGUAUGUCGAUGUACGAUAUGAAAUUCAAGGAAACAGACCUGCACACAAAACCAAUUACCGUUUUAAGAUGUUAUUAUUCACCUAUAGUUUUCUUAACCGUGCUGGCACUUGUCAAGUCAAUGAAACGUAUUGUAUCGGAACGAGGAGAUGCAUUUACGAACCACUAAAAUGUUCAAGAAUAUAUGAUUAUUGUAAUAACAAUAUGAAAAACUGUCCGUACCAAAGUUCGAGAAGGCGACCGGCAUCUUUCAGUGGAGUAUACAUAUUUAUAUCGUGUUUAAUUUUUCUUCUUGGAGUGACAAUCUACAUGUGUUUCUGCCGUGGAAUACACUUCUUUGAAUGCAUAUGCCAUUGCUGUUCAGCACUAGAGACAACAGGAAGCCAACGUGUUAGACAGAACGAGCAAGAGAACGAUUUGACAAGAACCGGAAAUGGAAAUGGGGAAGGCGGUAAUGUGAUAGUUACAACUGAAAACGAUGUGACCGAUAACGAAAAUGAAAAUGAAAACGAAACCGAAAAUGCGUCUGAAAAUGAAAACGAAACCGAAAAUGCUUCUGAAAAUGACUCUAUUAAUAGCGGUAUUUUUGGUCUGCCACCAAGUUACUCGUACAUUGAAAGAAAUGCUCCAGAACCAAACUUAAGUGACAGUGAGACUUACAUUUGCAGUGCAUCGGAGCAGGCUGGCCCUGGUAUUUCCAAAUGUUCAGCAGAAUUGCCCCCAUCUUACUCAACAGUUCUUGGCCACGAAGAAGAAUACAACGUACAUAUAAUCUAGGAAUAUUGUAAAGAGCAUUAUAACUGCUAGAUUUAGUUGGAUGAGAUUUUUUUUUAUUUAUAAAGCGUUUUUCAGGAACACUCUAAGAUAUACCGGUACAUUUCCAAACGAAAGAGAAGAAUAUAUAAAAUAUAUAUAUGAUCUUCAGGAUUGUAUUCAGUAUUUCCAGGACACUAACUUCUACUUAAAAUAAAAUACAGUGGCCAUGUAUUUAUUUCAGUGUCGGUUUUGUUGGAAUCACUGUUUGUAUGUUUUGGUAUGCAUUAAACUGUAGACUACAUUCAUUUCAUGGUUGCAAUUGAAAAAUAUCCAAAUAUUUUAUCUUUACAUAUUCAAUUCAAAUGUAUUGUAUGAAAUCCUCAUAAGAUAUUUAUAACUUUACUGAAUAUGUAAAUCAAGUUUGCAUACAUAAUAAAAAGUCAUGCA